AUGUUCUAUAGUAUUUCAAAUAAAAUUAAUAAUAAAAGAUUUUUUCAAAAUGUAAAGAAAAGUUUAGCUUUAAAAAAAGUUCAGAAUUUUAGUUUAGCUAAGAAUAUUUCUUAUUUACCUGAUUUGAAAAUAAUUAAUAAGAAUUUUCAAAAUGUGGAAUUAUUAAAUACAAGAGUUACAAAUUACACAAAAGGUUUAUAUUAUGUAAAAAGUGCAUAUUAUGCAAAUAGUAAUAAAAAUUAUAUUCAUACAGUAAUUAAUAAAAGUGGAGAAAAUUUUAAUGGAAAAAAAUAUUUUUAUGGUAUAACUGAUCAUAGAUACUUUAGUACAAAAAAUAUAAGAGGAAGACUAUUUUAUAAAAGGAGACCAAAACAAAUACCGAAAUUAAAAAAAAAAAACUGGAGAUCAAAAUGGCUAGAAGGAGCUCCUCAAAAAAGAGGAAUAUGUUUAAAAGUUCGAGUACAAACUCCCAAGAAACCCAAUUCUGGAUUAAAAAAGAUAGCUCGUGUGAGGUUAUCUACUGGUAGAAUAGUUUCUGUUUAUAUUCCAGGAAUAGGCCAUAAUUUAAAUACUCAUAGUAUUAUUUUAGUAAGAGGAGGAAGAUGUAAAGAUAUUCCAGGAUGUAAUUAUAAAGCUAUUAGAGGAGUUUAUGACUUAUUACCUGUUAAAAAUAGAUUUAGAGGUAGAAGUAAAUAUGGUGUGAAAUUAUCAGAAGACAAAAGAAAACAUUUAGUUGAAAGAUAUAACUUUAAACACAUAACUAUUAAAAAAGAUAUAGAAGAAUUUAAUAAAUAUAAAUGGUUUAACUAUGUUGAUAAAGAUAAAAACUUAAGAGAAAAACCUUUAUCUCUUAAUGAAAACGUACCUAUUAAUAUUUUUCAUUUUAAUACCUAUUAUAGAAAUAAAAAGUUUCAACAAAGUAAUGAAAAAUAA